GGGAGGAGGAGGGGGAGGCUGGAGAGGCAGGUGGUAGUCAGAGUGAAAGACCUUGAAAUUACAGCCCAAGAAGUGUGGGUUUUAUCCUGGAGGUAGCAGGGAUCCAUGGAAGGGUUUGAAGCUAGGAAGGGAGGUUGGAUUUCCUAGAGUGAGUUGUUCAGUCAUGUCUGACUCUUUGCAACCUCAUGGAACUAUACAGUCCAUGGAAUUCUCCAGGCCAGAAUACUGGAGUGGGUAGUCUUUCCCUUCUCCAGGGGAUCUUUCCAACCCAGGGAUCGAACCCAUGUCUCCCGCAUUGCAGAUGGAUUCUUUACCAGCUGAGCCACCAGGGAAGCCCUGGAUUCCCUAGAAGCACAUCUUACAAAGAUUUGUAUCCAAACGAUUUGUUGAAAAAGUGCUUCCAGAAGGGAGUAGGGGAGGCAGGAAAGGGAAGGGCAGAAGGCCAGGCAAGAGAGGUAAGCGGCACAGUCAUUGAUGGACUCCUCUUCUGGAUGAUCAUUUGUUUAUUGUCCAUAUUUGAUUGGGCAGCUACUUAAAACUCCCAGACUGAGAACUUCCAUUUUCAGCUCUUUCAAAGCAAAACAGUUCCAUUAACUUGAGAGACUUUUCACCAAACAAGCCUCUGGUGCUGGCUUCUGAAAGCACAUCAAAGGGUGCAGCCAUAAUUCCAAAUGGAAAACAACUCCAGGGUUACCAGCACAGUCAACGUCAAUCUGGCCCGGCGCCGCGGAGACAGUCACACUCGCCAACGAGUUCCUGCCACGUCACAGACCCCGCCCUCCAGCUUGCUGCGGACUCCGCCUUGCGUCGCUGACCCGGAUCUAAAGGCGCUACGCGGCGCUAUAUUCUGACGUCACUUCCACUACAAGGAUGGCGGCCCAGGGAGCAGCUGCGGCGGUUGCGGCGGCGACUUCAGGGGUCGCGGGGGAGGGCGAGCCCGGACCCGGGGAGAAUGCGGCGGUCGAGGGGACCGCUCCGUCCCCAGGCCGCAUCUCUCCGCCGACCCCGGCGCGCGGCGAGCCGGAAGUCACCGUGGAGAUCGGAGAAACAUACCUGUGCCGGCGGCCCGAUAGCACCUGGCAUUCUGCUGAAGUGAUCCAGUCUCGAGUGAACGAUCAAGAGGGCCGAGAGGAAUUCUAUGUACACUACGUGGGCUUUAACCGGCGAUUGGAUGAAUGGGUCGACAAGAACCGACUGGCGCUGACCAAAACAGUGAAAGAUGCUGUGCAGAAGAACUCAGAGAAGUACCUGAGCGAGCUGGCCGAGCAGCCGGAGCGCAAGAUCACUCGCAACCAAAAACGCAAGCAUGAUGAGAUCAACCACGUGCAGAAGACCUAUGCAGAGAUGGACCCCACAACAGCAGCCUUGGAGAAGGAACAUGAGGCGAUCACCAAGGUGAAGUACGUGGACAAGAUCCACAUUGGGAACUACGAAAUCGAUGCUUGGUACUUCUCCCCAUUCCCCGAAGACUAUGGGAAACAGCCCAAGCUCUGGCUCUGCGAGUACUGUCUCAAGUAUAUGAAAUAUGAGAAGAGCUACCGCUUCCACUUGGGCCAGUGCCAGUGGCGGCAACCCCCGGGAAAGGAGAUCUACCGCAAGAGCAACAUCUCUGUGUAUGAAGUGGAUGGCAAAGACCACAAGAUUUACUGUCAGAACCUGUGUCUGCUGGCCAAGCUCUUCCUGGACCAUAAGACGCUGUACUUUGAUGUGGAGCCAUUCGUCUUUUACAUCUUGACCGAGGUGGACAGGCAGGGAGCCCACAUUGUUGGCUACUUCUCAAAGGAGAAGGAGUCUCCAGAUGGGAACAACGUGGCCUGCAUCCUGACGCUGCCCCCCUACCAGCGCCGUGGCUACGGGAAGUUCCUCAUUGCUUUCAGCUAUGAGCUCUCGAAGCUGGAGAGCACAGUCGGCUCCCCUGAGAAGCCACUGUCUGACCUGGGCAAGCUCAGCUACCGAAGCUACUGGUCCUGGGUCCUGCUGGAGAUCCUGCGAGACUUCCGGGGCACCCUGUCCAUCAAGGACCUUAGCCAGAUGACGAGCAUCACUCAGAAUGACAUCAUCAGCACUCUCCAGUCCCUCAACAUGGUCAAGUACUGGAAGGGCCAGCACGUGAUCUGUGUCACACCCAAGCUGGUGGAGGAACACCUCAAAAGCGCUCAGUAUAAGAAACCACCCAUCACAGUGGACUCUGUCUGCCUCAAGUGGGCACCCCCCAAGCACAAGCAAGUCAAACUCUCCAAGAAGUGAGUGACCUGUGCCUCUGCUCCUGGACCCAUGCCUCCUUGCUCCCCAGCCUGUAAAUAUGUACAGACCUGUUUCAUCACUUUUUUAAAUAAAGUGCUGCUGUUGUCCCAGA